UAUUUUUCUUCCUUGUUUGAAUCAAUAUAAGUACCAAAACUGUUUUUAAAUGCUUGAUAAUAGUGCACCACCACGUGUAUUUUAAUAAACAUCUCGUCUAAUUUACCGCAGAGCAUUUGGCUUAAAUUUUUAUUUAUAAGACAUUCAAAUAAUUAUUUUACAAUGGUUAACACUAACCAUGUGCCUAAGGAUAUCAAAGCACAAUCAGAGGAUGAAUAUUUGCAAGAUGGUUUGUCGGCUAGGGAAAUGAUAAAUCAAGGCAAAGGUUUAACAUACAAUGAUUUUAUCAUCCUUCCGGGGUAUAUUGAUUUUGCUCCAGAUCAAGUUGAUUUAUCCAGUCAGUUAACUAAAAAAAUUGCAUUGAAAGCACCAUUGGUUUCAUCCCCAAUGGAUACUGUUACUGAAGCAGAUAUGGCCAUUGCCAUGGCACUCUGUGGAGGCAUUGGAAUAAUACAUCAUAACUGUUUACCAAGUUAUCAGGCCAAUGAAGUAUUAAAGGUCAAAAAGUACAAACAUGGAUUUAUACAUGAUCCGGUGGUACUAAGUCCUAUAGAUACAGUGUCUGAUGUUUUAAAUGUUAAAAAGGAGCAUGGUUUUUGUGGAAUUCCUAUAACAGAAAACGGGAAACUUGGGGGGAAAUUAGUAGGAAUAGUAACUUCCAGAGAUAUUGACUUUCUAGAAGAUAAAAGCUAUGCAAACACAAAACUAGAACAGAUAAUGACAAAGUUGGAUGAUCUGGUAACAGCUCAAUCUGGUGUUACCCUAACAGAAGCAAAUCACAUGCUGGAGAAAAGUAAAAAAGGGAAAUUGCCUAUAGUAAAUGCUCAAGGCAAUUUAAUAGCACUGAUGGCAAGGACAGAUUUAAAGAAAGCGAAGAGCUAUCCCAUUGCUUCAAAGGACGACAAUAAACAAUUAAUUGUUGGAGCUGCAAUUGGAACUAGAGAGGAAGAUAAGAAUAGGCUGACUUUGCUAGCCCAAGCUGGAGUUGAUGUAGUUAUUUUAGAUUCGUCCCAGGGAAAUUCCAUUUAUCAAAUUGAUAUGAUUAAAUAUAUCAAAAAAACCUAUCCAAAUCUACAAGUUGUUGCAGGCAAUGUUGUCACCAAGAGGCAAGCUAAGAAUCUUAUUGAGGCUGGAGCUGAUGCCCUCAGAGUAGGCAUGGGUAGUGGCAGUAUAUGCAUCACCCAAGAAGUAAUGGCAGUUGGGCGCCCUCAAGCGACAGCAGUAUACACAGUUUCAGAGUAUGCUAAAAAAUUUGGGGUACCUGUAAUAGCAGAUGGUGGGAUACAAUCAAUUGGUCAUAUCAUCAAAGCAUUAUCUUUAGGUGCAUCGACAGUUAUGAUGGGGUCUCUAUUAGCUGGAACUUCUGAAGCUCCAGGGGAAUAUUUUUUCUCAGAUGGUGUGAGACUUAAGAAGUAUAGAGGCAUGGGUAGUAUCGAAGCUAUGGAUAGGAAAGAUGCCAUGGGGUCGGCAAUGAAUAGAUAUUUUCACAGUGAUUCUGAUAAGUUAAAAGUUGCUCAGGGAGUUAGUGGCAGCAUUAUUGACAAAGGAUCAGUACUUAGGUUUGUUCCAUAUUUGCAAAGUGGUAUUAGACAUGGUUGUCAGGAUAUUGGCGUCAAAUCAUUGAUACAACUUAGAAACAACAUGUAUGCUAAUCAGCUCCGUUUCGAGUUGAGAUCACACUCCGCACAGAUGGAAGGAAACGUUCAUAGUUUGUUUUCUUAUGAAAAGAGAUUAUUUUAAAAAUCAUUCCUGUUUGGAUCAGAUUGUUUUAGUGAUAUACAUGAUGGCGCGAAUAAUUUUGUAUGUAUUUUGUACCAGACUUUGAUCACAAGGAAAUAAUAUUUUUUAGGUGGGGUAAAGUUUUUUGUUAAGUGAAUGUGGGUGGCGAAUCAAAUUUAACAUUAUUUAUUGCGACGCUUCACGAUACUCAUGCAAUUUAUUCAGUGUUCGCGAAAAAUGUGUGAUUUAACACAAAAUAGUAUAAGAUGGGUUCAUAAUUUAAGACAAUUUUAGAAGGUCAAAGAAUCCUUUUGGUACUUGUGACGUCCCCUAGUCAGGAACCCAUUAUUUUGUAUCUUUCUGAGUAUUUACAUUCUACCUUAAUUUUUAUAAUAUUGUGGACUUAUAGCGUUUUUAGUUUGGCUGCACUUCACCGUGGCAGUGUGACACUAUCCCCGGUAGAGUGCGUUCAAAGGCCAAUCUCUAUUAUUUUUAUUAUUACCAGGGAAACGUUGUACAAUUUAUAUGAUGUAACAUGUUUCUGUCAUUUUGAUUAAUAACUUUUUAUCAGUAUCAAGAAUACAAUUUAUUUAGUAUAAGGAUAGAUCUUAAAUAAAUCUAUUUUAUGAAGAAAUGACUAGUAAAUAUUAUAUUGUAAUUUAUUUAUAACGUUAAUUAAUAAAACUUAA